UGAAAUCACGUAUUAUAUUUCAUCUUUCUUAUUAAUGCUGUGUACGUGGGGUAGGUAUAUAAAUACAAGCAAGCAUACAGCCAUAUGCAGAGGUCAUCCUUUACUUUAACUUUAAGGGAUACUUCAUGAAGGGAGGCGCCGUCCUUAUAGUUUAAGUAUCGUGCAGAGUCGCUUGAAGUACAGCCCGUUCCUUUACUUUAUAAAGUGAAGGUUCGCCUCUUACUAAAUUGCGAGUGAGGCCGAUCGUGUCCGAAGUUAACCGAACUUCCGUGACGUCACGAAUACGUCAUGGUUAACAGCCAAUAGGAACUGACCCACGAUUGACUUGUUUACUUUUUUGAUAACACGUUGAUUGUAGUUGGUUUGUAUUUGUUAGAUUUAUAUUCAAAUCUACCUUGAGAAUACAUCAUGACGUCCUCUCAAAAAUCCGAGCGAUUUUCAUCUAUCGAACGAAGCAUUUUGUUAGGGCUUGUUCGUUCCUGGGCACAUGUCAUCGAAUGUAAGAAGACAGACUUCAGCAACUUGGCUGCCAAGAAAGAUGCCUGGGCGCGAAUUGAAUGCGAGUUCAAUUCCCAACCUGAUGUCAUCAAGCGCUCCAGUGCCCAGCUGAAGAAAUGCUGGGAAAAUGUCAAGACCAAGCAGAAGAAAGCCCUUGCUCUUGCCACAAGACAGCGAAUGGCAACUGGUGGAGGACCUUUUGUUAAAGAUCCUCCCACAGAUCCUGAGCUGGAAAUAGCAUUGGGCGGUGUGUUGCAUUGUGUGGAUGAUGCUGUAGACUGUGACAUGACUUUUCCUUCAGAAGCUUCAGCUUCUGUAGAAAUUGUGAUGCCACAGUCUAACAAUACUGGCUCUGGUGCACUCAGUACUGGCAGCUUACUUGUGAAUGCAUCACAAGAAGAACCUCAUAGUAUUGUUCUACCAACACCUGUUUCUGGUUUUCGUGCUAGAAAUAAACCAGCAAUUGAUGUGGAGGUGGAGCGCAGGUUUUUAAACCUUGAGCGAGCCGACAAGCGUGCACGGAGAGUUCUCGCAAUGCAACAGGCUGAGCACAGGCUUAAGUUGAGAGCAAGUAAGGCAAUGGCAGAGGCAGAAGAGCAGCGCCUUGCAAACGAGCAGGCAGAAGCGGCUCGAGCAGUGGAAGCUGAGAAACGAGCUAUUAAAUUUGAGCUCAUGGCAGAACAGCGUAGGGCUGAGCUGCACGCACAGCAAAUGCGACACGCUGACGAGCUACAUAAGCUGCGCAUCAAGAUCCUCACGGAAGCAAAUGAUGUAGUGUUUUAAAAACAAUUUUUUUUUUUUGUUUUUAAGAUACUGCAUUGUUUGCUUCGCAUUAACAUGGUAAUAGGCCUCCUGGGGAACUCGCCAUUUAAAAUAAAGAGUAACGAGUUGAGUGUUAUACCUCCAGAUGUUUACCACACGUGGUAGACAUCUAAGGUGAUUUGGAAACUGGCACAGUCAGGUAAGUAUCGUCUUGUUCCAAUUAUGCUAAAUGUGCAUGCCAAUAUUUUUUAAUGGUAAAAAAGUGUUAGCUUCUCUUACUGAUCUAUUUCAAUUAAAGUUAUCUGUGACACUACUUGCAAUGUGUGGUUGCAAAUGUCUCCUGUACACCUUAUAAAUUGGGUAUUGUUCUUAUUUAUUACAAAGUGAAAUUUUUGGUGUCUAUAUAAUUCAUUUUAUUUACCAAAUUAGGUCAAUUUGUAGCAUCAUUGCUACUAAAUAUUAAUCUGGGGUAAAUCUGGGUCAUAUUCUUUAUUCCAGAAAUGAUUUCCAAUUAUAUUCUAAGCACACUACUUAUUUUUAAUAAAGAUAAUCAAAUAUAACUAACCAUCAAUACAAAUUGUUUAUGCAUAAAUAAACUUAGUUUUUACUUUCUCUCCAAUUACGUAGCAUUUAGUGUGUAGUCAAAAUCACCCUUGCAACAAUUUACCUAAGUGAUGA